AUGCCCUCCUCCCUCGUUGCGCGCACCUUGUCCUUGCCCAGCGCAGUCCUGGCGUUGUGCGUGUCGCACGCACUAGGACAACAGCUGCUGCAGUUGCGCAGAGAACACAAUGCCUCCAUCCCAGCACCCAUCUUCAUUGCGCCAGACCAGAACUGGGACGGCAUAGACGGCUCCUGGUCAACAUUCACGUUACGCGUGGGCACUCCGCAGCAGUAUGUGAGAACAUACUUGUCCUUCGCCUCGUAUCAGACAUUGGUUAUACUGCCACAAGGAUGCCAGGCGGCCACAGAUCAAGAGGCGUGCGCGGACGCGAGGGGUUGGCUCUUCAACGAGUCGGCCUCGUCGACGUUCGAUAGAGUGGGCAUAUACGACUCGCACAUGGGGAGAAAUCUUGGCUUCGACAGUAAUGCAAUAUACGGAUAUGAUACAGUGGGACUGGGGGGCCAGGGCGAGGAAGGGCCUACGUUGAAGAACACCACGCUCGGUGGAAUGGCUGUGGAGGACUUCUAUCUCGGGUUUCUAGGCGUCAAUCCAAAGCCAACCAACUUCUCCAGCUUCAACGAUCCUGCGCCAAGCUACAUGCAGAUACUCAAGGACGAAGGAUACAUUGCCAGUCUAUCUUUUGGAUAUACAGCUGGCGCAAUUUACCGAUUCACUGGCGUUCUAGCCUCGCUGGUCCUGGGUGGCUACGAUACAUCAAAGUUCGUCCCCAAUGACCAAACAUUCACCUUUGCUGCAGACAAUGACCGAGACAUUGUGGUGGCUAUCCAGUCAAUCAGUACACCCUCACAGCUUGAGUCAAACCCUACGGCCACAGAGUUACUCCCCAACGCCGUAUACGCAUACAUCGACAGCUCUGUGCCGCAGAUAUGGCUACCUGCAGCAGCUUGUCAAGUGUUUGAGCAAGAGUUCUCGCUGGUGUACGACAAUUCUUCAAAGCUAUACCUGGUCAACGAUGCCCUUCAUGAAACUUUGCUGCAGAGGAAUCCAAAUAUAACAUUUUCACUUGCGCGGACACUGUCUGGCGGGUCGACAGUACAGAUCACAUUGCCUUAUGCGGCCUUUGAUCUACAGGCACGGCCGCCAUACAGAGGUCUUGCGAACGCCACACGCUACUUUCCUUUACAACAGGCACAAAACGACACACAGUAUACACUUGGGCGCACUUUCUUACAAGAAGCUUACAUAUCGGUUGACUGGGAAUCUGGGUUAUUCAAUGUAUCGCAAGUGGACUGGGUCGAGGCUCCUGAGCAACAUCUUGUUCCCAUCAUACCAGGCGAAGACAAUGCCAACGGAGGAGGUUCCGGAGGGUCUAACCCAACCGGUGGGUCAUCGAGCGGACUCUCGGCCGGCGCAAAGGCUGGAAUCGCUGUAGGUGCAGUCGCUGGCAUAGCUGUUCUCACCGUCAUGGUGUUCUUCCUUGUGCGACGGAAAAGACAAUCGGGAAAAUCCAUCGAUGGCGAAAACACAGAUUCCGACGCAGGCGAAGUGGGUGGCAUAGGACGACAGCGAAGCACCAAAGUCUACCCGAAGGCCGAAUUGGAAGGGUCAUACGCACCGAUGACUGAACACAAGCGACUGCUUUCUGCUCAUGGCUCGACUGCCCCUUGCACUCCAGGCUCGCCGUCGAGCGGAGGAUACUUUCCUGGUGGCGUUUCUACCCCAACUUCGGCCGGAGAAGGAACACACUCCAGCGCACAGAGUGGCCUGCCUUUCUCACCUUUGACUGUUACCGCGAGUGAAGCAGAUAGCCGUGAAUUGCAGGUCCAUGAGAUGCCUGGUGACAUGCCUGCCAUUCGAGAGAAAGACGGCAAAGCACUGAGCGAGAAAGAGGCAAUAGCAAGGCGAGAGAUGAUCUACAAUGGUGUGGAGGCCUCUUCAGGCUCCGCAUCGGCCGUCAACGAAGGCAUUAGAGAACCUCGACGAGUGAAUCCUGAAGAGAUUGUAGAGACCAAUCAACCACUGGAAGCUCGAGACAAGACACUGCAUCGCCAAUUCUCCUUCGAAGCCGAUGGCGACCGGGCUGCCUGA